GGUGCGCGGGGAGGAGGACCCGGGCCGGGAGAGGACUCGGGGGUCGCCGAGAGACUAUGGGGAAGGACCAGGAGCUCCUGGAAGCUGCUCGCACUGGAAAUGUGGCUCUGGUGGAGAAACUCCUGUCUGGCAGGAAAGGAGGGAUCCUGGGCGGUGGAUCCGGACCCCUGCCCCUGUCUAAUCUGCUGAGCAUCUGGCGAGGCCCCAAUGUGAACUGCACAGACAGUUCGGGUUACACUGCUUUACACCAUGCAGCCUUAAAUGGACAUAAAGAAAUAGUUCUCAAACUACUUCAGUAUGAGGCAUCAACAAAUGUAGCAGAUAACAAAGGUUAUUUCCCUAUUCAUCUGGCUGCCUGGAAAGGAGAUGUGGAAAUUGUGAAGAUUCUUAUUCAUCAGGGACCAUCAUAUUCCAGAGUCAAUGAACAGAACAAUGAAAAUGAAACUGCUCUACACUGUGCAGCUCAGUAUGGACACUCAGAAGUAGUUGCUGUUCUCCUAGAAGAGCUCACUGACCCUACAAUUAGGAACAGCAAGCUGGAAACACCCCUGGACCUGGCAGCACUCUAUGGACGGCUUAGAGUAGUCAAAAUGAUCAUCAGCGCACACCCGAACUUAAUGAGCUGCAACACCCGCACACACACUCCGCUUCACCUGGCUGCGCGCAACGGGCACAAAGCAGUCGUGCAGGUGCUGUUGGAGGCAGGAAUGGAUGUGAGCUGUCAAACAGAAAAGGGGAGUGCCCUUCAUGAAGCAGCUUUGUUUGGAAAGGUGGAUGUUGUUCGAGUUCUGCUAGAAACAGGAAUUGAUGCCAACAUAAAGGAUAACUUAGGUCGAACUGUCUUAGACAUUUUGAAAGAACAUCCAUCUCAGAAAUCUCUUCAGAUUGCAACACUCUUACAAGAAUAUUUAGAUGGUGUGGGAAGACCCUCAGUCCUUGAAGAGCAUGUUCAGGAAGAUACAACAGAAGAAACACACAUUUCAUCUCCUGCUGAGUCUCCUUCUCACAAGACCAAAAGUGAAACUGUGACUGGAGAACUGUCAAAACUCCUGGAUGAAAUAAAACUUUGUCAAGAGAAGGAUUAUUCUUUUGAAGAUUUAUGCCACACAAUAUCAGACCACUACUUAGAUAAUUUGAGCAAGAUUUCAGAGGAAGAACUUGGGAAAAAUGGAAGCCAGAGUGUAAGAACUUCAUCUACAAUAAAUUUGUCACCAGGAGAAGUGGAAGAAGAAGAAGAUGAUGAUGAAAACACUUGCGGGCCCUCAGGACUUUGGGAAGCAUUAACUCCUUGUAAUGGAUGUAGGAACCUUGGCUUUCCCAUGCUUGCACAGGAGUCUUAUCCAAAGAAGAGGAACUACACUAUGGAAAUUGUACCAUCUGCUUCUCUGGAUACAUUUCCUUCAGAAAACGAGAACUUUCUAUGUGAUCUUAUGGAUACAGCUGUUACGAAGAAACCUUGCUCUUUAGAAAUUGCAAGGGCACCUUCCCCAAGAGCUGAUAAUGCCUCUGAGGUAGCAAUUACGGCUCCAGGAACCAGUAACCAUAGAAACAGCUCCACAGGUCCAACACCUGACUGCUCACCUCCAUCCCCCGACACUGCCCUAAAGAAUAUUGUAAAAGUCAUUCGACCCCAGCCUAAACAACGAACAUCCAUUGUGUCGUCUCUGGAUUUUCAACGAAUGAACCACAACCAAGAGUAUUUUGAAAUCAGCACAUCUGCAGUGUGUGCAAGCUCUUCCUGCAGUCCUGCUGUUAGUCCACCCCCCUCUUCCGUGGGAACCGUGGAGGUCAAGAACGAAGGAACUGACCACACAGGUUUCACUGGGCUUGGGUCACUUCUACUCCAUUUCACUCAAGAGACCUGGGCUCAUGAACAGCACUCUUCGGUGCAUGGUAUUCUCACAGCAGAGAGCAUGGUCUUAAGAGAACAAGGAGAAGCAUGCAGAGCCCCUCAAAGCCUCUUCCUUCUACACCAUUGCACAGAUCACAGCAAGUCAGAGGGCCAACCCAAAACUGAUGUCAUCUCUCAACAGGAAGACAGUGAUCCUCCCAAAGAAUAUGAUCCCGGCCAAUUUGCAGGCCUUCUGCAUGGAUCCUCUCCAGCCUGUGAGUCCCCUGAAAAUCCAUUUCAUCUCUAUGGAAGAAGGGAUCAAUGUGAAGAAGGACAAGAAGUCAGUCUUGCAAAUAGUCCUUUGCCUUUCAAGCAGACUCCAAUAGAAAAUAACUCUGAACCUUUGGUAAAGAAAAUUAAACCCAAAGUGGUCAGUAGAACAAUUUUUCACAAAAAAAGUAACCAUUUGGAGAACCAUACCAUUGUUGGCGCGAAAACCACCAGAAGUGGAUCCCGCAGUGGGGACCAGUGGGUGGUAAACACAGGGGGAUUUGUGGAGAGAGCAUGUACUCUGGGAAGGAUAAGGUCAUUGCCUAAAGCCCUAAUCGACAUGCAUUUGUCCAAGAAUGUCUCUAAAUCUGAUUCUGAUCUCAUUGCCUACCCUUCGAAAGAGAAAGCAUCAAGAAUUAACUGGAGCGAAUCUUCAACUGCUGAACACAGUUCCAAAGGGAAUUCCGAACGAACACCAUCUUUCACAUCCGAAUGGGAAGAAAUUGACAAAAUAAUGAGUUCCAUAGAUGUUGGAAUCAACAGUGAACUUGAAGAGAUGAAUGGUGACACCACAACUACUAGAGCCUUUUCCACAUUCUUUGAUCUGUGGCUUCAUUCCUCCAUCUUCAAAGCCAACAAUGGACCCAGAUGCCCUGUCCAAACAGUGGGACAAUGGUUGGAAAGCAUUGGGCUACCUCAGUACGAGAACCACCUGAUGGCUAACGGAUUUGACAAUGUGCAGUUCAUGGGAAGCAAUGUUAUGGAAGAUCAGGAUCUGUUGGAAAUUGGAAUCCUUAAUUCUGGGCACAGACAGAGAAUUCUGCAGGCCAUCCAGCUACUUCCAAAGAUGAGACCCAUUGGGCAUGACGGCUACCAUCCCACCUCUGUAGCCGAGUGGCUGGAUUCUAUCGAACUGGGUGAUUACACCAAAGCCUUCCUAAUUAAUGGUUACACGUCGAUGGACCUGUUGAAAAAAAUCUGGGAGGUUGAGCUUCUCAAUGUUUUAAAAAUCAGUUUGAUUGGCCACAGGAAACGCAUUUUGGCGUCUCUGGGAGACAGGCUGCACGACGACCCACCCCAGAAGCCCCCUCGCUCCAUCACCCUCAGGGAACCCAGUGGUAAUCACACUCCUCCUCAGUUGUCUCCAUCACUUAGCCAAAGCACUUACACCACUGGUGGCUCCCUAGACGUUCCUCACAUUAUCAUGCAGGGCGAUGCAAGGAGGAGAAGAAAUGAAAACUACUUUGAUGAUAUUCCCCGAUCAAAACUGGAGAGGCAGAUGGCCCAGCAGUCGUCUGUCUGUGAGAUAUGGACGAAUCAGAACGCUGGAUUUCCUUUCUCAGCGAUGCACCAGGUUCAUAAUACAGGAGACUGGGGAGAGCCUUCUAUCACCUUGCGACCUCCAAACGAAGCCACAGCCUCCACUCCAGUACAGUACUGGCAGCAUCACCCAGAAAAGCUCAUCUUCCAGUCCUGCGACUACAAGGCUUUUUAUUUAGGUUCUAUGCUGAUAAAAGAGCUCAGGGGCACCGAAUCGACUCAAGAUGCUUGUGCAAAAAUGCGGGCUAACUGUCAGAAGUCUACAGAGCAAAUGAAGAAGGUCCCUACUAUUAUUCUUUCCGUCUCAUAUAAAGGAGUCAAAUUUAUUGAUGCGACAAAUAAGAACAUAAUUGCUGAGCAUGAAAUUCGCAAUAUCUCCUGUGCUGCCCAGGACCCGGAGGACCUCUCUACAUUUGCUUACAUCACAAAGGAUCUGAAGUCCAAUCACCACUACUGUCACGUGUUUACUGCCUUCGAUGUGAAUUUAGCCUACGAAAUCAUCUUAACCCUGGGACAGGCCUUUGAAGUCGCUUACCAGCUGGCACUACAAGCGAGAAAGGGGGGACAUUCUUCCACGCUCCCGGAAAGCUUUGAAAACAAGCCCUCCAAACCCAUCCCCAAGCCCCGCGUCAGCAUCCGCAAGUCAGUGCUGCCUCUGUCUCCAUCUUCCUGGCUCAGUAGAUGACACAACUGUUCACCAUGCGGCCAAAGCCAAAUCCGUGUCUUCCCGCCCGUGCCGCUUCUCCAACCCCGAGCAAAGCCCGUUCACUCCACCCUGGCGCGACCUCUGGCCUGCCCACUGCUCUCCACGUCCUUGUCACUCUCAGCCUGGGCUGCCACCACCUCCAGUGGACUCCCUUCCUCCACGUGGCAGAGAUCGGUCGUGGCACCUGUGUCCCCAAAACCGGAACCUGUCUUCUCACCCCUCUCCUGGACACCCAGGCCUUCCCUGCUCGAAUAGAUAGUGUCCGCUCCUUCCCGAGGUUCCCUCCAGCUGGAAUAUCCUCCCCCUGGCUCCUUUCCUUCGGGUCAUUGUGUCAUUCGGGUCUUGCUCCAUGAAGAGACUUUCCCUGACCACCAGACUGCAGUGGUCACCAUCACACUCAGCCACAUUGCCCUCUUUUAAUUCUGUACAGCGUUGUAUUGGUUGAGGGCUUUUAAACUUAAUGCUUGUUUUUUUUGUUUUCCUCCACAAAAAUAUAAGCUGCAUGCAUGGGGACUGUGUUGUCGCCCCCAGGGCCAGCCCCAUGGUGAUGUCAGCUAAGCCGCUCAGUGCCCGGGAAUUGUCUUAGACCGCUAGGCCCUUCC